AAAACCAAAGAAAUUUAUGAUAAUUUUAUUCUGCAAAGACAACCUGCUGUCGAGAUUUUGUGCGUCUCGGCACACGCCAACAUGGUUCAUCCAGAUGCAGCCCCCAGCCUUGGUCCUGGCGCUAGAGAAAUCUUCCCGGUCUCACGGGCGGGGCGCAGUGGGGUACUGCACCGCGUCAGAGCGCUGUAUAAAUCUACGUAAGAAUACGGGAACCCUCACAGCGGGGUUCGGCCUGAUUCCCCGAGAGAGAAUCGGGGGAGAGAUGAGAACGUGUUUGCUCUUUCCCUCGUUUCGGUUCCCUGCUGCACGCGAUCGGGGAUUUGACCGAAUCGAACUAUGGGAGUUGUCGGGGUGGGGGUACGACUAUAUAACUUUGGGGUAGGUCGCCGAAGGAACAAGUUCCCUCUCAGAAGACGCGUGUGUAAGUUGGUUACUGCGUAGUGAGUUGCAACGCAAGGGUGGAUUUUAAGUGUUACGGACAUUGACAUCGCCGGCCGAAAUCUCCACAACAGGAAUUGCAAACAGAAAUGCGAUUCUUACUUGAUCGUUAACUGACGCCGGAGAAAUCGACGCUACAAUGCUGCUAAUCGCUGUCAUCAAAAUUCUGUUGAUUUUGGAGACAUGUUGCGUCACAAUCGCAAAUACUUUGAAUAUAUUGGAGCAAUGCGCAUGGGCCAUCAAGCAAAUCGAGGAAGAGGAUCAUGAAACCGUCGUGGAGAAUUCUUCCGCCGCAUUGCAUACCACGUGGGUGUCUCAAGGAUGCGAAGUACAAGCCGGUCCCCGGUUUGUAAUCCGAAAGUACACCUUCUUUCAAAACAACACAUUUCUCUUAAUGCGUUUUUACUACGCUGACGAUUCGUGCUGUGUAGCGUCGCAUACCGUCGAGAUUCGGGGUAUCAUCCAUUUACAAGAAUUGUCCGACAUCGUUUCCGGCGCGACUGAGACGAAAUUUCACGUGAACACCGUUCAUAUUACACCUCUGAAUGAAGAGAUUACUUAUACAUUGGAAACCAAAUUUAACCAGAGCUGUGGUCCUCGGCCGAAAUGGACAAUUUAUAAUGCCGAAUUGAUUUACGAGCAGUCGUACAAACGCUCAUCUGUGUGGCAGAAUCCGAUUCAUAAUUCUCUACAAGUUCCCUCUUUCUCAGAUUUGCAGCUUGAUAUGUAUUGCUUGAAAUCGUUUGGAAUUGAUUUCGACGAACUGAAACUACUGAGAGUGGAAAGAAGACCAACGUUGAUCGGCUACAAGUAUUGGCGUCUAUUGUUGGCUAAUCCCGUGUCCCAUGUGUAUUCUCGUUGUUGUUACAAGCCGACCUCUUUGCAGCCCACCGCAAUGGUUCGCGCUGAUAUGAAGAAAGAUUGUCCGUUAUGUAAAAUCCUAUCCCGAAGCACCGCGACCAUUCCGCCGGUUCUUCAUCAAGCGGUGCCACUACCCGCGAUAAUCGGGGGUUACUGGCUCAGUGAAGGAUGCGAGAGUACUACGGGCGGCAGCUGGUCCAAACGGCGAUUCGAGAUAUACGCGGGCGACAGGCUGUGGACCGGCCAAUGGGAUUACUACAGCGAUUCGCAGUGCAAGAACUUUCUGUACACGACAACCGCGUCUGGAAGCUACACGCUGCGAGGCGCAAAACUGGGGUAUUUUAGGAAAGUAAUCAAGCGGGAGAUUUUCCUCAACAAUGGAUCAUGGAAAGAUGUGACAAAACGCACUACAGGCAGAAAAAGACAGAAAGACAGAAAGGUGAAAAGGCAGAAAAGAUCGACGACUGAAGGCGUUGAUCAGUACUUGCAAAACAUAAAAUCCUCCACGAAGGAUGAAUGGCGAAUUGCGGCGAUGUUGCGGAAUCGUCGGACGUCAUUGAGCGAGACUACCACCGAGAGGCCUUACCGGAUCAUACCUUCCGGCAUUUCGGAGCUGGACCUGCACGUCGUUGAGAGCUCGUUAAUCCCCGAAGAUGCCGCGAUGUUCAUUCACUGCGUCUUCGAUAAGCCGUUCGGUUUAGCGCCGGACGUUUGGGAGAAAUAUUGCGCUCCACGCAUCAUCGAGGUGUCUUCGAUUAUAAGACUGCGGGCCAAGCUAAGUGUCAACUGGAACGGUCAGUACGUCUUGCUGUUAGCCGAUCAAGACGAGCAUCCGUGGCAGGCGCCGCUGCGACUAUGCGCGUCUACAUCGCCGCACAAUCGCGAGCUGCAAAUGCAUCUCCACAAGAGCGUCACCCAUCGCUUCGGACUACUUUCCUCGACUGCAACGACGAUAAGUCAAUUCUUCUCCGUUUGGUUUUACUUGUUGCAAUUCUUUCUAUUCUAUGUAUAUUAUCUCGCGCGGUGAUAUCGCGCGUCUGAGUCGCUAUCUUUGAAAGUUCGAGGAACUUUUAGAUUCGAGCAUGCGCCGCGAGAAGAAUCUUAAUUAAAUACAUGACGUAUUGUUAAACAUUCUGAGACUCUUUUUGCGUCAUCGUUAGGAAAAUUCCAUAGAUUCGUAAGUUUGUACAAUAUGUACAAGUGUGUAAAUAGAAUGUCUCGAAUGGAAAGAUUACGAAAUCGACGUAAUGACUCUUUUUGAAUAUAUUUGAAUUUUCAUCCGGGCAACGUGUGUCUGAACAUAUCAAUCUGCUUUCGUUUAUCUGAAAUUUAUUAAUAUUUUAAAGCAAUGUAUAUAUAUUUUUAAAUUUCUUCAUAUUUUUGUACUAUUAAAAGCACCACUAUAUUAUUAAAAGUAAACCUAAAACAAAAAUACAAAUUCAAAGGAGCGCAAAUCGAAUAAAUACCAGACGAAAAUAUCGAAUCGUAUCGUAAAGCUACUGUACAUAUCUGCGAUUAGUUAUAAUUUAAUAAAUUCAAUUGACUCAACACAAGUUGACAAUAAGCGUAACAA